AGCAUACAAACAAGAACUAAACACAAAGACAAACACAGAAACACGGUUUCAACCAAAAAAAAAAAAAAAGACAUAAACACAGAUUUAAUUAAACAUGGUGGUUGCUAAUGAUAAUGAUCUCUCGUCCAAGAUUCUCCCCAGAGUUCUCAUCGUCUCUCGUCGAACUCUACGCAAGAGCAAGUUCGUGGACUUUGUGGGAGAGUACCAUCUCGACCUCAUCGUCUCAAACGGUGCAGUUCCUGUCAUUGUCCCACGUGUAAGCGGGAUACAUUCUAUGCUCCAGAGCUUCGAGCCCAUCCACGGCGUCCUCCUCUGCGAAGGAGAAGACGUAGACCCAUCUCUCUACGCAGACGCAGAACAACAAGGACUCUCGCAAGAGGACAUAGAAGAGAUCAGGACAUUGCACGCGAGUGACACGGCCAUCGACCGAGAGAAAGACAGCAUCGAGCUGACUCUAGCCAAACUCUGCCUCGAAAGAAGCAUUCCUUUCUUAGGCAUUUGUCGCGGCUCUCAGAUCCUCAACGUGGCCGCCGGAGGAACUCUUUACCAAGACAUUGACAAAGAGAUAGGAACCACGACUAAGCAUAUAGACUACGACAACUACGACGAGCACAGGCACGAGGCUAGAGUCGUGGAGGAGACGCCGUUGCAUAAAUGGUUCGACGAGAUGGAUCAGAUAAUGGUGAACUCGUAUCAUCACCAAGCUGUUAAGAGACUGGGGGAACGUUUUGUGCCGAUGGCGUACGCUCCUGAUGGUUUGAUAGAAGGUUUUUACGAUCCGAACCGGUACGAUCCAGAGGAAGGUCGGUUCUUGGUGGGUCUCCAGUUUCAUCCCGAGAGGAUGAGGCUCUCGGGAGGCUCUGAUGAGUUUGAUUAUCCGGGAUGUGCAACUGCUUAUCAGGAGUUUGUGAAAGCUGUGACCGCGUUUCAGAAGAAGCAACUUGAGGCAGCAGAGAUUGUGAUGGAGCUGAAGACGAAGAAGAAGAGGCUAGUCAAAAGCUUCUCCAUGGCUGAGCUUCUAGAGGCAUCAAACACGGCUCUAAGUAAGAAACAAGAGAACAGGCUGAAGCAGAUGGGAGCGACGGUGAGGAACUCUUGUGUGUAUAUGAAAAGGAAAGAGGUGCAAGAGAGAGCAAUGGACAAGUUGUCUGCAGAGCGUCUAUCUGAUCUGCUCUCAUUUCACCGUAUGAUGGCUCGUCUUUGCUCUGAUGCCAUCAAGAGGAAGCUGCUGGAAGUUGAACCCACUGAGACAUAGUCUUUUCCUCUUAACUAUUAGCUUUUAUUGCAAAAACAUGUUUUACAUAUAA